GUUAGCCGUCGAACACUUUCUCGAGGACAACACGCUCUGGAUGGGCGAGGGCGGCGCUGUGUACUUCUACCAGAAUGAGCUGCCCUAUGAUGUCGACCAGGCCAACUUUGGCGACAAGGGCUUUUCCGGCUACAAGGUGGCUCCCCAUGUACGGACGCAUGAAGCGCAGGGCAUGGGCGUUUACAGCUACUUCCGUGACUUCAAGUGCAUCGUGAACAGUGGCUUCGUUGCUCCGAGCACCGAUGGUGUACGUUUUACCAACAUCUUCACCCGCUUCCUGAAUGGCAAAGCAGGCAUCGAGCACGUCCUCAACGAUCAGGGAGGAUCAGUGAUGGGCUUUUCCGACCCCCUGAGUCGGCUCGUGACCUCCGUGCCUGGGCCUCCUCUUUGUCCUUCGGUGCCUCCGCUGCGCCCUCCAGGCUCGCCCUUUUGGAGCUACUUCUUGGUGGCCCUGGCCUCCGCCGCUGUAGGCUGGAUGGCUUCAAUGGCAUUCUUCCGCUGGCGAAGAGGUCAAAGCCUCUGCCCACGCAGCUACGACUCGACGGAGUCUGCAGACGAGAGCGACUACGAGAAGUCUUCCUGA